AUGAACUCUGCUUCAACCAUUGUCGGUCAAGUUAUCCAUUGUGUUUACAUUUGGCUCCCAAGAACGGCUAAAAACAAGACUAAAGAACAAAAGAAAGGCCAUCAAGGGCAGAAAAAGCGCGUAAAUUUUUCACAGCAAGUGAAAGAACAAAGCGAGGUUAACCCCCACAUGCUGGAAGGCUAUAAAAGCUCCAACCGGCUUCCGAGUACACCGGACCGCCCCAAGGUUUGUCUACACUUCCUGCCUAAAGAUGACAAAGAAGAUUCUCAACAAGAUUUUGCAAGCUGUAAUCUCGAGGUAGUUGGCUACAAAUUUUUGUCGAACGAGAAAAAGAUCAGCAAAAGAUCUGCGCUUAAGAGGUGGUUGCGUUGGCGCACUAACGUCGUCCACAAUGAGAAUUUCCAUUUGGAUGAGCGGCCCCAUGGAACAAGACAUGAACUAUGUUUUAGAGAGGUUUUUGAAUGUUCCCCGCGGCUAGCAGGUAUAAUUAGAGCACGUAUUUAAAUUCAAGUACUUUUAAGUUCACCGCGGCAGGGGAUUGCGCGGAACGCGCGCUGGUCGACAAUAGUGAGCUUUUAAUAAUAAGCAAAGAGGGUUUUGGGCGAAGUACGUCAACCGGAAGUGGCAUCAACCGGAACCGGACGGUGUGGUUUUGUCCAAAUUCUUGGACAGAUCGUCUCUAUAAUAGUAAAGACACUUAGAAAUACAAUUUUGGUAGUGAUAAGGGACGGACCUUUAGAAAAGUUAUGGGGGGGGAAGGGGAUCGGAAUUUUCGAGCCGCAGGAAUUUUUUUCGUUAUCAAAUUCCUUGUAUGAAUCAUUUUUAGGCCAUAGCAUGAAUAUUUUUUAGGAUUAAUUGGCGUGCAUGAAUUUUUUUUUUCAUUUAAUUUUCCCUUGCGCGAAUAUUUUUUUUUGACUUCGCCCGCCCUCCCCCCUGAGUUUUUUAUGGUCUGUCCCUAAGGUGCUUUAAAAUUUAAAAGACCUCACUUCCGGUUGACGUGCGUCGCUCAAAAACGCCUUUGUAAUGAGCUCCCUGCCAGCGCUUGCGUGGGGUCCAAACCGUAAUAGCCCGCGUCGCGGACGUAUUUUAAACCCGGCUAGUUAGUAAACGGCUGCGAAGCAGCGCCAAGAUCCUUCUUCUGGUCCGGCUCCUACCCGACUCAACGAAUUACCUGGAGUGCGUUUGGAAUUUUCUUCCAAGUUGAUGUGGCAAAUUGACGAUGUCGUUUUAUAACAGACUCGACCAAUCAUGGCGCGUACUCAAGCAUGGCGCAUAGAUGGGGGUCCAGAACAAGGAUUUUGGCGGUGCUUCGUAGACGGGUUUAACCUGAGUUUAGUUUCGUCUGUGACGCAGGCUAUAACCGUAACAGAGAAACAAAAUACUGCCAUAAAGAUCUCUGUAAAAUCCCUUUUCCCUCCAUUUAACAUCGUAAGAUUUGAAGACCGAUGGGAUAUCCAAAAGCCCUCACCUGCUGAGUACUUCGGGCACUGAUUGACAGGGAAACAAAUGCUUUGCUUUGUUUUCGUUAAUGCAUCGUAGUCAAGCAUGGCGCAUAGAUGGGGGUCCAGAACAAGGAUUUUGGCGGUGCUUCGUAGACGGGUUUAACCUGAGUUUAGUUUCGUCUGUGACGCAGGCUAUAACCGUAACAGAGAAACAAAAUACUGCCAUAAAGAUCUCUGUAAAAUCCCUUUUCCCUCCAUUUAACAUCGUAAGAUUUGAAGACCGAUGGGAUAUCCAAAAGCCCUCACCUGCUGAGUACUUCGGGCACUGAUUGACAGGGAAACAAAUGCUUUGCUUUGUUUUCGUUAAUGCAUCGGUUAAUUAUCGUAAAGCCUCUAUCGAGGCCUCUUUUCUUGUAAUACUCCUUUUUAAAAAAACAGUGUUAUGAACUUCCCUUCCUUGCCGUCUUUACUGUUACAAUCGGUAAAGGGUCAUUUUCGAGUUGCCUAUAGCCUUUAUUCAAGCUAGGCUAAGUGCGAAGACUGAGUAUUUACCGUGUGGCACGAAACUUUUGCGGUUUCUAAUUUUUGCGAUUUUUGCGAUUUUUCUAGCGAUCCGCAAAAAUAAGUUGCCGCAAAUAAAACUUACCGCAUACAUUUUUCCCGCAAAAAAUUACUCCAGAGUAAAUAUUCUUUCUAAUUUGUUACACAAAAAACAGCACUAAGAAAUCGUGUCCGUUCGAUUACAACUUGUUUCUUUCGUUCAGAAACAAAACGGUAUACAAUGCAAUGAAAUACUGGUUUUACAUAGGUUACGCACACCGUAGUAUUCUUUGAAAAUAUAUGUAUUUUUAUUUCACGUACUCAAUAAAAACGAAAAUAUUAUCAGUGCUGGGUACUGGGUACUUUCUGAAAAUCUUAAAAAUUAAUUCCCAGCAAGAAAAACAAAUCUAUCCUAAUCGUAAAAAAUUAAUUCCCGCAAAGCACAAAAAAUUGCCAAUCCGCGAAAAAAAAAAAUUUCGUGCCACACGGUAAAUCAUUUUCUCUUAAUUAUUAUCAAUGCUGCGGUAUUGUAGUCUACUAAACAGCCGUUUUUAGUGUCGUCACGCGGCUCUUCUCCCAACGACACUAAAAACGGCUGUGUAGCAGACUAGCUGUAUUGAGGCAAGCUAACUUUUUGAGCUAGCAUCGCUUGCGAUAUGUGGGUCACGUGCAACGAAUAGAGAAAAAAGGGCGUAA